AUGGGAGGGGUAAAAGAGCGAAAAGAAGGAGCAACUUGUUGCAGUCAAGCCGUGACGCCUCCAAGAAAACCCCACUCCUUCCAAUUCAUUCCCCGCCGCCGUUCUCUCUCUCUCUCUCUCUCUCUCUCUCUCUCAAACUCUCAAACUCUCUCUCUCUCUCUCAAACUCUCUCUCUCUCUCUCAAACUCUCUCUCUCUCAAACUCUCUCAAACUCUCUCAAACUCUCUCAAACUCUCUCAAACUCUCUCAAACUCUCAAACUCUCUCUCUCAAACUCUCUCAAACUCUCAAACUCUCUCUCUCAAACUCUCUCAAACUCUCUCAAACUCUCUCAAACUCUCUCUCUCUAACCAAACUCUCUCGUGGCACGACGUCCCUUUUCCACUACCUGACGCAUCACCCUGAGACGAGAACCAACAUUAAUGGCACAAAGGAGUUUCACAUUCUUCACCACGGUGGCACUCUUGAAGACUACAAUGCACAUUUCCCCACGCCGUCGCCAUUCCAAACCGACGCCGCAGCAACACCCCUGUGCGUGGACGGCUCGGUGUCAUCGCUCAUCAGCCACGCCGCGCCGCGCCGCCUGCAUGACUGGUGUGGAUCAAAGGUCAAGCUGAUCGCCGUACUACGCGAGCCUGUCACACGAAUCGCCUCCACGUUUUUAAUGCGCCAACGCUUGGGCAUCAAGUCUGUCCAUCCCGGGACCCCGUUUGGCCCUUGGUUGCACAAGGAGUUGAACCGUUUUCGACAGCAGGAACGAGCCUGGCCCACUUGGGUUCAGGAAGAUCAAGGUGUUGUAGCGCACCUGCAUCAGUAUGAGAACGAAGCACACCGCCAGUUAUUCACCCAUGGACCCCAUGACUCGCGCUUCAAAAUAGAACUGUUUGAGCAAGCUGAUAACGUCAUUUACGAUGGGUUGUACGCCUUUCAUUUGGAACGCUGGUUCAAAGUGUUCCCUCGCGACAACUUCCUCAUCCUCUUUUACGAUGAGCUUUUUGCCAAUGGCAACGCUACCGUGGCUGGAUUGGAGAGGAUUUAUCGCUUCCUCGGCCUGCCCACGUUACCACCGUCUGAUUUGCAACAGAUCGUCAGGGUCCACUACAACACACGACUGGACGAUCACCACGCACAUCCCGAGCUGAGUGAUUACCGCGGGGUCGCUUGCAGCACCCUUCGCGCCAUUGCGAGAGGGCAAGAAAAACUCAAAAAGGAAAGCAAAACCUAACGCUUAACCAUGAUAAAGUCGGGUAAAUACGAGAAAUAAGGGGGAAAAAAAUUGUUUAUCAUCAGAAGUCGUGGUUGCACGCUUCUGGUCAUCUCAUUAAAAGCUGGUGUGCUUGACAACCGUAGGAGCUUUACCGGCCACACAACGUUGCCUUGCACGCCCUGCUCGGACGUG